UAUAAGAUGCCAUAAACCCCUCUCGCACGCAAGUGAGCAAUCCACAAACUUGAUCAGCAGGCUGAGUAUCUGUACUGAUCUGAAUAUACAUACAUGGCUGUGUCACAAUAUUAAAAUUAUUGAAAAAAUAAUCACUUUCACAAGAUUACUCAAAACACAAGGAAGGCACUAUGAUGACUGUCCUCAAAAAUAUUUGUUUGACAGUAUCGAUAUUUGCGACAAUUUUUUUUGUACCUACACAAGGAAAAGCACAACUACAAUCGAAUGCUGAGAAAAAUAUUCAAGAAAUAUAUAACACCAAUCCUAGUCCUUUGGAUACCAUUCAAAAUAAUCAGGGGAAAAAAAACGGAGGAAUCGACUUAAUUGUUAACCCCGAGCCUUCAGAUUCUUUGAUUCCAACGACAAACUUUAAUUCUAUUAGUGGUAAAGCGGCAACAUGUAAUUGUGUUCCUUACUAUAUGUGCGAUCCGUCAACAAAUAGUAUAACAGAGGACGGUACAUUUGAUGGGUACGGUGUAAUUGAUAUUCGAUUUAACGCUGAUGACCCUAUUUGUCCAUCUUCUGUGGAUGUUUGCUGCGCUAGUAAUCAAACCCGCUCUGAGACCUUAAAUCCGACCCCUUUGGUUCAAAGACCAAACCAACCAAAAGGUUGUGGCAUUCGUAACAUUGGAUUGGAUUUUACUUUAAUUGGAGCUUCGCAAAAUGAGGCUGGCUUUGGCGAGUUUCCAUGGACGGUAGCUCUUUUGCAUUCUGCCAAUUUUAGCUAUUUUUGUGCUGGCUCAAUAAUUCAUCCACAAGUGAUUUUAACCGCUGUGCAUUGUGUUCAACCUCAUAAUCCAGGAACUUUUAUAGUUCGAGCAGGAGAAUGGGACUCUCAAACCACAAGGGAACGUUUACCAUAUCAGGAACGUACUGUGAAAAAUAUUAUUAAGCAUCCGCAAUACAAAAGUAGAAACAUUGCAAAUGAUUUUGCACUUGUUAUUCUUAACCAGCCUUUUACAUUAGAUGAUCAUAUUAAUGUGGUGUGCUUACCACAGCAAGGAGCCAUCCCGGCCACUUCUAUUACAUGUUAUUCCACUGGAUGGGGAAAGGAUGUUUUCGGUUCUCAAGGGAAAUAUAGCGUUAUCAUGAAAAGGGUUCCAUUGCCUGUGGUUGACUUUAAUUCUUGUCAGGAAAGGCUUCGAAAGACUCGACUUGGUCCGAAUUUUGCUUUAGAUAGGUCAUUUAUGUGCGCGGGAGGACAACGAGGGAUUGAUACCUGUCAAGGGGAUGGUGGAGCUCCACUCGUGUGCCCCAUUGGAAUACCAUCUGAAAAUCGAUACACGCAGAGCGGAAUUGUUGCAUGGGGAAUUGGUUGCAAUGAUGAGGUACCAGCUGCGUAUGCUAACGUAGCUAUAGUGCGGGAUUGGAUUGACCAGCAAAUGCUAGCAAACGGAUUUGAUACAACGGUUUAUAUAGCUUAAAAAUACCAAUAAAAUAUAAUACAAAUUAUAAAAAAAAAAAUUACAAAUUACAAAUUAAAAAAAUACAAAAAAACAACAUUUAAAUAAAGGAAACUUUAUUUAAACUACCUUUAUAUCGCAGGUAUCUCAGGUCCCAACGAAAAGUAAAUUUUACACUGGAUACACUGGUCAAAAAGACUGAUACACCUAAAGCUGAGCACCCUAGAGCACCUAGAGCACCCCUGACCUUGUGUAUUGUAUUCGACCGAAUGUUUACAUGUAACCAUGUUAUUGUUGAUAUAAAUUGGAAUUGAAACAUUUUAUGAAAUUUAAAUACUUUUUGACUCCGGCCAGCAUAUUUAUUCAUAAAUUUAAAUUUUGAUUAUUUAAUAAUGCUUUUAAUUUUUUCUAUUACGAAAUUUUUGAUUUUUCAGUUAUAUGGCUGCUAUAGGAUGUGUGCGAUCCGAAUCGUUCCUCCUGAAUCGAUAUAGGCAUGUCUGUCUGUCCGGCUGUCUAUUUCUACGCAAAUUAGUCCCUCAGUUUUAGAGGUAUCCACUUGAAACCGAGAUCGGUCGACUAUUGAUUGAUCGGAAAUGCCAUAAUGAUUUGUAUUGGCAUUACUUUGUUGUUUUUUAAGCUAGAUGGAUGGGACUUUCUACGGAUUCUAUUUUGGAAAACCAAAUCUGAUCUGCCAAAUGUCAUAAGAAUCAGCCGACUAUAUCCUAUAGCUGAGAUAUUACUGAACGAUCGGAUAUGGCACAACCUUGCUAUUGUUGAAGGUUCUUUUGGGGUUGUACAAAAAUAUUUAUAUUAGAAAAUGGUGAUGAUUCGAUGGUGAAAUUCUCAUAAGGAUCGGCCAACUAUAUACGAUCCGAUAUAUAAUUUUUUCGUCCGUAGAGCGUUUUGCUGGCCGCUACGUCGAACAUGAACUCGCGGGAAUAACGGUAGGUCCCGGAGUCGUAGUCAAAGAACAUAUAAAGUCUGACUAAAUUUACCUGGAUUCUGCAAGGGACUGCUCGGGUUGACCAGGCGCUUGCUGUGAUCAGGCUGGAGUUGAUGUGGGCUACUUGAAGUCCUGGGCUGGUUCUCCUCAAGUACAUAUGGUAUGGUGGUUCGGCUGAUUCCUCUUCGGCCGGUCCUACUUGUGGUCCGUUUCACGGUAGCAACACUCGAAGUAGGUUGGAUAACGCGGUUCCUACUUGUGGUCCGUUUUACACAGGAGCAACAUUUGAAGUAAGUUGGGUACGCGGGUUCUACUUGUGGUCCGUUUUACGGGAGCAACACUUGAAGUAGAUUAGAUAAUGAAGCUCUACUUGUGGUCCGUUUACACAGGAGCUACUCGAUGUAGGUUCGCUGAUGAAAGUUCUACUUAUGGUCCGUUUACACUGGAGCCACGCGAAGUAGAUAGCUUUAAGAGAGUCCUACUUGUGAACCGUUUUACACAGGAUUAUUCGAAGUAGGUUGAUUUUAAUUGCCGUAGUUCAGACACUGAGUAAUGAGACGAUUCACUCUGAUUUCGCAACUAUCUUUAUUUCAGAAGAACAAUUCUUAUAUAAGAUGCUGAAUUAUACAUAAUUAAAUCUAAGGAAGGUCAAUGUUAUGGACGUGCUAAAACUAAUGUUAGUGCCAGGGACACCCACCUCUGAGUCUGCUGACUCAGAUUGCCUGUUCAUGCAUUGCUUGUUUUUUGCUUGGGUUUUGCUUGCCUCUGUCAGUCGGUCAUUAGUCCCGCUGAUAAUGCUGAUUUCUACACGCCUUUUCCGACGCAUCAACCAAGGCAUAUGCUGCUGCCGUUUACUGUAGGUUUCGACAUGAAGACGGAACAUAUUCGGUUUCAUUGGUGGCUGCCAAAACUAUGGUAGCACCACUGAAACAACAAUCACUACCACGGCUGGAGCUUUGUGGAGCAUUGCUGCUAAGUCGCCUGGUACGAUCACUCAAGGAUGGUUUACGACACAAGGAUAUACAAGUUUACGCAUGGUGUGAUUCAACAAUUGUAUUAGCCUGGUUAUCAUACCCACCAUCGAAGAUGAAAACAUUCGUCGCAAAUCGCACAUCGGAAAUUCUUGAAACGUUGCCACGACACGCCUGGCAUCACGUAAGCUCAAGGGAAAACCCCGCAGAUUGUGCAUCGAGGGGAAUGAUGGCUACACAGCUCAUGGAAUUUCACCUCUGGUGGAACGGACCAACUUGGCUACACGAUGAAGAUGAGUAUACAGUCAAAAUGCAAAACUCAGAACUCUCUUUGAAUAUUUCAGAAACCCAUGCACAAGACGAAUUGAAGACAACAGCCAUGCUCACUCUGAAGGAGAUGGACAAUUCAUUAUCAGAAUUUGUCGAACUAGUCCACCGCGCCUCAUCCUGGAAAAGGCUGGUACACACCGUGGGCUAUGUUUUACAUUUUAUUGAAAGACUGAAAGAGCCGCGAAAACGAGUCGAAUCCACGAUACUGUCUUUUGAAGAAAUCAAGGCAGCACAAAUAAUAUGCCUGCGGAACGCACAGGCGUGCUUUGGAGAUGACAGAAGGCUUCUACAAAAGGAUCAACCACUGCGAAACUGGUCGCAGUUAUUCAAGCUAACCCCAUACAUUGGACAGGAUGGUCUGCUACGAGUUGGAGGCCGUUUGAGGCAAUCUUAAUUACCAGAAGAAGUCAAACACCCGAUAUUACUCCCUAAGGCACACCACAUUACGAAGCUAAUCCUGGAACACGAGCACUGGGUAAACUUACAUCCAGGCACAUCUGCACUGUUUGUAAUAGUUCGCCAACGAUAUUGGAUAAUUGGAGCACGCAACCUGAUAAGAAAGGUCACCCACAACUGUAUCAGAUGCUUUCGUCAAAGACACCAUACUACGCAUCAACUCAUGUCCGACUUGCCAAGUAUCAGAAUCACACAAUCACUUCCCUUUGUCAAUUCUGGAUGUGAUUACGCUGGACCAAUUACUCUCAAGGAUCGAAAGGGUCGCAACGCUAAGAAGUCAAAGGGAUACAUAUGCCUCUUCGUGUGCCUCGUCACCUCGGCACUACACCUGGAACUAGCCACUGAUCUCAGCACGGAGACAUUUCUAGCCGCUCUGAGAAGAUUCAUGUCGCUCCGAGGAAAAUGUGCACAAAUCUACAGUGAUAAUGGCAGGAACUUUGUCGGAGCAAGGCGAGCAUUGGACGAGAUGCAACAACUUCUGGCAUCUUCACAGCAUAAGGAUCGAGUCUCGCAGACAUUGGCAGAUGAAGGCAUUAAAUGGGUCUUCAUUCCACCGUACGCACCUCACUGGGGAGGAAAGUGGGAGUCUUCCGUAAGAUCAGUCAAGCUUCACCUGCGCCGCGUCAUUGGCAACACUAUCCUAACGUUUGAACAGAUGCACACCCUAUUAGCACAAAUAAGUGCAGUGGUAAACUCAAGACCACUGUACUAUACACCGGACACCGACGUCACAUAUCUGUCUCCAGCACACCUGUUGAUAGGCAGAUCAUUCACAACAAUUCCCGAAGGCGACAUGAGCCACAUACAGGAAAAUCGACUGGACUACCAGGCACCAGUAAUACCUAACUACGCUACAGCAUCGCCCCAAGUGGGGAACCACCCAACCCAAUGUGGAAUUGGGAACAGUUGUUCUCAUCCAGGAUUCGAAUACUCCGCCAGCAGCCUGGCCACUUGCAAGGGUCAUCUCAACUCACACAGGAACAGAUGGUAGAGUUCGUGCUGUCAAAUUGAAAACUGCUUCAGGAGAAGCAACUCGCCCUAUAACCAAGAUCGCAGUUUUACCAAAUUCAGGAACGAUGUUUCAGGGCGGGCCGGGAUGUUGAGGAACGGAAUGCAUUUGGGCAACUUUGUAUCUAUUCAUGCUGCUGAGUUUUAGGCAACAUGAAUCUAAUUUCCCCUUAAUCAUAUUGUAAGAAGUUCUAUAUACAAAUAACCAUGGCAACGCUGAUCGACGCGCCGCCAUUUUCUUAUAUACUUAAUAAUUUCCCUUUUUCACACAUAUGUAAAUCCAUGUAUGUAUACCUAAGGCAUCAAUGCGCUGCGUCGCAUUUAGUUUAUUCAGUUAUUUCUUAACCGUCAAUCAAUAAACACCACAGAAUUCAUAUACAGUCCA